AUGGAGAACAAAAACUUUGCCCAAAACAUCUUCUAUAAAGGGUUUAACGAAAGGAGAGUAAAUUACCUGAACGUUCAGGCGAAUACGGACUUAGAAAGUGCACACAAUUUGAAUGUUGCCUCUGGAGUGACUCCAAUUAAAAACGUCAACGAAGAAAACAGCUUCUUAAAAAUGAAUGCUCACAAGGUGAGUGGCUCGAGACAGGUGGGGAAUAUGAAGGCUAAUCAGAGCGAAUUCGUCGGUAAAAUUCAAAGCCACAUAAACCUUAGCAAGAUGCACCCCAACGCGGCUUAUGCAAAUGGAGGGCUAUUCUAUGUGGACAAUAAGAUGGACGGAGGGAACGUGGGCAGCCACACGUAUGGCAACUUGGGGACCGCCCCCUCCGGUCUGGCAACCGCCGACGGGAGUGCACACAAGAGUAUGUUCAGUCAAGGGAUCUACCCCGAGGUGAAGAGCUUCGACAGAGUGGACGCCAACAGGAUUGAGGCGAACCGGGUUGACGCGAACGGGGUUGGUGUGAACCGGAUUGACGCCCACCGGAUUGACACCCACCGGAUGAAUAUGAACACAUUUAGCAACAGCAGGAACGUGCCCAUGAAAAGCGGCGAUUACAUUUUUUCGGGAGCGCAACAGCACUUGGGGUAUAUGGACGCCAAGGAGGGGGGCAAGGGGGGCCCCCCGGUUGGGGGAGGCCGCGUGGGGAGUAACCCCAUUGCGGGGGGGCACCUUUCAGGUACGCACAUGGGAGGGGCGCACACAGGAAGUGGGAACACCUUCGGGGGGAACACUUUCGGGGGGAACAUUUUCGGGGGGAACAUUUCAGGGGGUAACAUUUUAGGAGCGCGCGGGAAGGAGAGCCAACUGGGAGGGUACCGAAUGAACCCGGUGAGUGGUGGGCCCAUGGCGGCGGCGGGGAAGGGCGCAGCGGCGUAUGAGGGUGGGCACUCCCAGGCCAGCCGCGUGGACAGCAUGAUGAAGGACGGCCUCUUUGGCAGCGUGUACCGCACGAUUCAGGGCGGCACACACGCAAACGUAAGCGCAAACGUAAACACUAACGCAAUCGCAAACGUAGACGCUAACGCUAAUGCAAACGUUAGCGCAAACGCUAGUGCUGGCACCACCGCGCUGGGAAAUGUGCAAAGCAGCUUAUGCAACUUCAUGAAUGGCGGCAUGACCAGGAGCAAACCCCCCCCCAGUGAGGCAGCCAUGAACCAAGCACCCUUCCAGACGCCGGAAAAUGUCAGCGGCGGGAAGAACCCAAAUAUGAAAGGGUAUGACAGUCAAAGGAAUAAACUGAAAGAGGUAGUUGCGCCCAACGUGCCGACAAACCUGAGUCAGAUGGGUCAUAUGAACCAGGUGAACCAGAUGAACCUGACGAACCAGAUGAACCUGACGAACCAGAUGAACCAGCCGAACCAGAUGAACCAGCCGAACCAGAUGAACCAAACGAACCAGCCGAACCAGCUGAGUCAGCUGAGGCAGAACAUCUCCCUCAGCAACUUUGCCAACACCGUGAGCAGCCACCACCACAGGGCGAACAACCAGAGCUUCAACCACACGAGUGACUUCGGUAGCGCUAUGAAUAAGCUGAGCACCUUUAACGUUCCACCUGCACAGGGGUCGAACAGCAUGCAUAAGGGGACUCUACUAAACAGCACGCUGUUGAGUGGAGCGCUUAAUAGCAACGGCAUGAGCAUCCCAGGAAUGAAACUCCCCAGUGGGGGUAACCUCCACGGUGAUGGUAAUCUCCACAGCGAAAGCAACCUCCACAGCCAAGGCAACCUCCACAGCGGGGCAAACCUCCACAGCUAUGGCAAACACAGCAUGGCCAACCCGUUAAGCGGGAAUGCCCUCGGAAUGGACGGGGGGGGGACCCACUUCGCCGCGAUGGGCCACGACGUUGGGGGGGGAAAUGCGGCGAACGCGGCGAACGUGGCAAACGUGGCGGGCAUCCCAAUGGGCAACGCCGCGAACGGUGGACACCUCAUGGGCGUGGGGAACGCCCACAAGGGAAUCGCCGAGGGGCACCUAAAGGGCAGGGGAAACCUAAUCAACUACGGGUACCUGCACAGCAAGGGGAAGGUGGGUGACCUGCUCGGUAUGGGAGAGGACGGCGCAAAGGGGGGGAUGCUUAACGAGGCGAACUCCAAUUAUAGCGGCAUGAACUUAUUCGGUGGAGGGGUCCCCCGCGCGAGCGGACUGCAUUAUGUAAGCGCCAUGGGGGGGCCGGCCAAUUUGAAAAGCAGCUCAGAUAAGGCAGACAUGCAGAGAGAAGCGACCGGCUCGAAGGGGGGUGUGCCGGACGGGAGCAGCGCACUCGCCCGCGCCGCCGUUCAGUGUGCCGCUAACCAGGGCGCAGCUAAUCAGGGUGCCGCCAUUCAGUGUGCCGCCAUUCAGUGUGCCGCUAACCAGGGCACCGCUAACCAGGGCGCCCCAAGCAACAGCGCCAUCAGCACGGACAACUACGCGAACCUUCUGAAGCACCUGUGCACGCCCAUCAAGAACAGGCUCGCCAGCAACACCACAGAUCGGUUGAACAGUGCAAACAUUGGUGAGUAUCCCAGCCAGGAGGGAAAGUUCCCGGGGGGAAGUGCCAAGGAGGGUAGCACCUCGGCGGACAUGUUCGUGGGUAGCGGGGCCUUCAAGGGGGGUGCAGACGAGGGGAACGCGAAGGAAAGUGCCAAUUUUGGCGGCAUCCCUGGUGAAGUGGAUUUUAGGGGAGACGGAGACGUGGCGCGUAAGGAGCCGCUAAGCAGUAUUCCCAUCAGCGGUAACGCCACGGCUAAUAGCGGCGGAGGGGCGCCCAGCUGGGGACACGUGUACGAUUUGAAGAAGAUGAAUCGGUUCGCUGAGAGGAAGCGGCGGGAUGAAGAGGCAGCGGAGGGGGGCGCGAACGGUGAUGACCACCAGCAUUGUGGGAAUCACCAUGAGCACACGCAGGGUAACAGCCAGGACCGCCUCGACCACCUCGACCGCCUCGCCGGGGAGAAGAGCAAACCGACCAGGAGCAGCAAAAGCAAGACGAAGGCCUUCUUCUACAUCAACCCAAAGUACAUCAUAGAGCCCCUGAAGAGAAAAAUUUACCAAAACAUGUCAAUUUACAUAGAAAACUUAAUAAGUGACGUCCAAGCAAGUGAGAAUAAGAACCGGGGGGAGAUCCUAACCGACCUGCACAACACCCCCUGGUUCUGCAUGGUCUUUGAUUUUGAUGGAAUUAGCAAACUGCUUAACGUUUUUAAUAAAUAUUUAAUUUACUCUGAGUCGCUGAUCAUCCCGGAUGUGCUGAUUGGGAGGAAGUUGGAGGAGGAAAUCGCUUCCGGGGCGCUCUCCGUCCAACCGGGUGGGGGAAGCCACCCAAGUGGGGGAAGCCACCCAAGUGGGGGAAGUCACCCAAGUGGGGGAAGCCACCCAAGUGGGGGAAGUCACCCAAGUGGGGGAAGCCAUUACGACCCCACACAGCAUGGGAAGAUACCCUUCCAUCACUACUUCCAAAAGAGUGACAACCUGCACUUCAUUAACAAAAAAAUAAACGAAUACGAACACAGCAUAAUCGAGAGCGCAGAGAAGCUGUCCUACCUGAAGGAGCUAUGCACGUCCGUAAAGGCACAAGUGGACGCAAAGAAAAAAAAACUCCUCCUCCUCAUGGAGACGGCCAAGCUGAGGCUAUAUGCCUACAAGAGUAAAGAGCUCCAAACGAUUAUUAAUCUAGAAAAGAAUUCUGGGGGGGUCUCCCAGGAGGAGCAGCAGAUUAACCUAACGAACGAGUACUAUGACAUGUUCAGAAAGAUUAAUGAGGGGCUAAAUUUUUUAAAAAAAUACUCCAACGUAAUUAUAUCAACGCAAAGGAUGCACGAGGAAGUUACGCACGAGGAGGAGGACAGACACUUGUGCCAGUCGUCCGUCUCCACGGAUGACUUGAGCUGCGAAAAUCAGUUGAAUGGCGACCGGGAGGAGGGGGAAGAGGACGAAGAGGAGGAAGAAGAAGAAAUCGCAGAGGAAGACGAGGGAGAAGACGACGAGGAGGAGGAGGGAGACGCCCACCGGGAGGCGCACCAACACGGGGGCGAAGGAAACUACCAGCGGAACGACCACAUCAGCAACAUGCACAUGUCCACUGGGAAACGAAGGAAAAGAAGAAAAAAGAGAAACGCCCACGAGGACCCCCUGCAGAGGAAGAACCCGCCCCACGACGAGUGCGACGAUAAGGGCAACAAGGAACUGAGCAAGAAGCGGAAGACCGUCAGCCAGGUUAAGAACCUGCAGUGGGAGAAGGCGGACAACGAGGAGUGGGUCGACGAGUUUCUGGAGGACUUCUGA